AUGUCGGAUGCCUUCUGCGCGCAGUUCGGCCCUGGCUGCAGCACCUGGGUUCGGCGCCUCGACGUCUUCCGCAGCUCCUUUCAGCUGAAGGCGGAGCAGGUGGUCAUUGCAGUGAAGACGGUGGAGAAGUUUCACUCGGUGCGACUCCCGCUGUUGAGGGAGUUCUGGACCGACGACAGCGAGGUGGAGGUCCUUUUCCUCAGCAACACCGGUGGGGACCCAAAGGUGGUGGACCUCAGCAAGGAGUUCGGGGACAUGGUGGAUCCUAGCAAGGAGUCCACCAAGCAUGGCAGCGGCCACUGCACCAAGAUGCAGGCCAUCCUCAGGUACUUGCACAAGUACCGGCCGAACAAGCGCUGGUAUGUGGUCACGGACGACGACACCCUGGUGAACGUUCCAAGGCUGCUACGCGUCUUGGACUCCCACGAUGACACCCAAGCUGUGUAUCUUGGUGAGCGCUACGGAUGGUCCCACAUGCAGGACCGGGAGGGCACCAACUACAUCACCACGGGGGCGGGCAUGGCUUUGAGCGCAAGGGCCCUGGCGGAGCUGCUCGGCUGCGGCUCCUGCAGCUGCCGCAGCCCCGACGCCCCGGACGACAUGUCCAUGGGCUCCUGGUUCCGAGCCCUCCACGUGCAGCCGACGCACGAGGAGGGCUUUCACCAGUCGGAGCCGCACAACUACCACAAGGAGUUGCUGGCGGCCUCCGACCCUGCGGUAUCCUUCCACCGCUACAACGCGAGGCUUCCAGGCAGCGCCUCGGCGGCGGAGUUCCAGGCGGCCCGCGCGGGCAGUUGGCGCGCCUGGCGCAAAAACCACUUCGAGGAGCUGUGA